AUGGCUGACCCAGAAAAUAAUAAUAACUAUAAUGUUGAUAGUGGAUCUAAUAUCAAUGAUAAGCACCAAGAUCCAAUUGAACAAAAAGAUAGUUUCAGUAAAAUUUUAAAAGAAAAAAGUAUUUUAAUUGGAGAUAAAACAGUUGAAUUUGCAAAGGAACAUCCAUACACAACAACAGCAAUUGCAAUCACUGGGGUAACAACAGGUGGAGCAAUUAUUGCAACACCUUAUAUCGCAGCAGCUUUAGGUUUUGGUACUGGGGGUAUCAUUAAAUCUACAAUUGCAGCUAAAACAAUGGCAACUUUAGGAUCAGGUUCAAAAAUCGGUGCUCUGUUACAAUCAAUUGGUGCUAAAUCAACAAUUCUUCAUUUAGUUGGUGCUACUAAAAUCGCUGCUAUAUCUGGUAGUAUUUCUGCUGCUUGUGUAUCUACAAUUUAUUAUGCAAAAGAUUGUUUUUCUAAAAUAUUAAACUAUUUUAAUAAUAAUAAAAAUAAUAAUAAAAAAAAAGAAGAAUAA